AUGGACAACAACAGCAUAACCUCAGUUCUGAACUUCCGUGACGUCGGCUCCACCGUGAAUAAGUUUCUUGGGCGCAGGCUUGUCCGAGAAGGCCAGCUGUUCCGAUCAGCAAGACCAGAUGAUGCCUCCCUAGAAGAUAGGAAGCGCCUCCGAGAGGACCUGGGCAUUAAGGCGGUCAUUGACUUGCGCACAAAGACCGAACACGUCAAGCAGGCGAAAAAACGCGAGGCCGACCUUCAAGUCCCUGCCUUGCUGCAGUCCAACGCUGCGCUAGCCGAGCCAGUCCAGAUCCCAGGCCUAACGUAUCACGAGAUCAGGAUUACGGGCGGGGACUUCGAGCGGUUCUUGCUGAAGCAGCUGUCUUGGUGGAGUUUUUGCCACCUCAUCGUCCUAUUCCUCUUGGGCUAUCGCAAUGAAGGCAUCUCCGUCCUGUCUAGAGAGGUGAUGGUGCCACGUGGCCUGGUACGUCUAGGCCUCGAUACCCUGGAUCAAUCUGGUGAAGAAAUUGCCAAGGCUCUCAAGGUCUUCCUUGAUCCGUCAACGACACCUGCUCUGGUUCAUUGCACGCAGGGCAAGGACAGGACAGGGCUAAUCGUUUCUCUGGUGUUGAUGACUCUCGACGUGCCAAUUGAAGCCAUCGAGUAUGACUACAUGCUGACCAGCGGUGCACUUGAAUCCGAGAGGGAAGACCGGCUAGCCGAAAUUAGAGAGAUCGGCCUGACGGACGACUGGUUUGAAACAGCGCCUGACAUGAUCGUGCGAACCGCUGGCCAUAUUGACAGCGUCUAUGGAGGGAUCGCGGGGUACUUGGACAAGAUCGGAUUCGGCCAGGAUGAUCGCCAAAGGCUCAGAGAGCUUCUGCUGUACUGA